AUUGUCUUUGAAAGGAUUGCGAUUAAUAAUCUUGAAAGGCUUAAUGGCUUUAAAAUUUUCUACGCAGAAGCAAGAGGCGAGCAUGAACAGAUUUAGAGUUGCGUGAGUUUGAUGCUGGACUUUUGUAAGAUCAACAUUUCUUCAACUUGGUCCUAUAUCAAUUAGGUCCGGGGGGAGACUGGGCUAUGAAUGAGCGCAGGAAGGAUAUGACGAGAAUUUUGAAAGAAAAGGAUCGGGCUCUGUGAGCAUACGCAUAAGACAAGAGCCCUCGACCCUCGAGUUUCGUUGAACAACACUAGGGAAUCAAACUUUCACCUUCACUCUGCAAGUAGUCUUGUUCGUGGCAUUGGGUCCUACAAAUAACCGCCAACACAAGCUCACGAAGGUGCACUAUCCUUGUCACAACACUAAUAACAUAAGAAUUCAGGCACGCAGGUUCUGACAAUGGUCUUAUAUUUUCACAGACUGACAUUAUUAAUCCCAUGUCUGGUUUCAUGGCUUUAUGGGGUGUUUGAUCACCCCGAAUCUUAGAUCCAUUGAUCUGGCAUGACAUGUUUUUGUUGAUGCAGCAAAAAGUCCACACUUAUUCAUCAAAGUAGGGCCUGUUUGGUUGGAAGGAAAGGGAGGGAUUGAGCAAUCCCUCUUGUGUGUUUGGUUGGUUAAUUAGAAAAAGUCUGUUUGGAUGGGAGGGAAAGGAAAGGAAAUGAAAUGAUUGUAUAAUGUAAAUCCAAUCCCUUUUAAAUCGGACGGAUUAGAAGGAAAAGGAAAGAGAGUAAGUGCAAAAGUGUUACUGCCCACAAUACCCCUCCACGUUUUUUUUCUCCCUGUCUCCCAACCUUUUGACUAUUGAGGGUAUUAUUAUAAAUUGCAUCGUUUCCUUUUCAUUCCACUCAUUUUUAUUCAAACAAGCUUUUAUAAUCACCUCUUUUCAUUUCAUUCCCCUCCCUUCCUCUUUCCUUCCUUUCCAUUUCCUUUUGGUUUCUUUUCUUUCCUUUCCGGGAUUAAAAGAUCUUCACCUAUGAUCCCUUGAGGCUAACAAAUAGUUUGGUCUAAAAUCAUGAGGAGGAACUAACUUUAAGUCUAUGAAUCUAGAGCCUCGAAGUGCAGUCACUGAUAUUGGUUGAUACUUGUUUUCAUUGGAGAAACGGGAAACUUUCCAAUAUCGCAUGCGAGAAAAAAGAAAAAAAUAGGACUGCGGUUCAGAGAGCGGCAAGCAUGGACCAUGGUGUUGUAUCGUUCGUCGUCCAAAUCUGCUGCUCUGUAAAUAUUGCUUUGAAUUGCAGUCACCUACAUCCGGCAAUGUUCUUCGUCUUGGAUAAAUGAUUGGCACUAGGAGGACAUGAUGCUAUUUGAAACCAUCGUAGGGUUCGUUUCUGGAUCUCUCUGCACAUGGCGUUGCACACAUAGCAAGAACUGCAGGAGGAAGAGGAGGACUGCUAUUAAUGGUGCGAUUGCAGCCGCUAACACCGUCUUCUUUGGUAGCACCGGCGGCCUGGUGCAAGCACCCUCGCCACCUCAAGCAGAUACAUGCCUUCCUGUUCCGUCACGGCCUCCACCAUACCAACCUGUGGCUCGCCACACUCAUCUCUUUGUGCUCUCGCCUAACUCUACCUCGUUACGCACGUCGCGUGUUCGACUCUGUUCCCCACCCUGACGUCCUCGUCUACACCGCCAUGAUCAAGCUGCACGCCGGAGCUGGCCCCCAAGCCUAUGCUGAUGCAGUCGCCUUUUACCUCGCCAUGCAGCGGACUGGCCACGUUCGACCAGACUCUUUCGUCUUCCCUGCCUUGCUCAAAUCUGUCAGCUCCGUCCCCGAUAUCUCCUUAGGGAAGGCCAUUCACGCCCAAAUUCUCAGGUUUGGCCACCAAUCUGACCCUUACGUUCAGAACGCUGUCAUGAACAUGUAUGCCAAGUGCGGUGAGAUCUUACUUGCGCACCAACUGUUCGAAAAAUUGCCCGAGAAGGCCCUUGCGGAUUGGAACUCCAUGGUUUCCGCUUAUUGCAGGUUGGGUGACCUCACAGCAGCAAGGCGUUUGUUCAAAUUGAUGCCUCGGACAAAUGAAGUUUCAUGGACGACAAUGGUGAGUGGCUAUGCCAAGUCUGGGGAUUUGGAGACUGCGCGUGAGUUGUUCGAUCAAAUGCCUGAGCGAAACGUUGUUUCUUGGAACGCCAUGUUGUCUGCUUAUGCUCAUGAAGACCGCGAUGAAGAGGCACUUGGGUUGUUCAAGAAGAUGUUGGGUACGACCAUCCGGCCUGACGAGACGACAUUGGUGACGGUGAUUUCUGUUUGUGCAAAACGAGCUGACCCUGAGCUUGCAGGAUGGCUGGUGAGGCUUCUCGAAGGUAAUGAGAUUGCACUGAACUGCUUUGUUAGGACCGCGAUGCUGGACAUGUAUGCAAAAUGUGGGUGCCUAGAGGCUGCUCGACGGAUCUUCGACUGCAUGCAGGAGAGGAAUUCUGUUUCUUGGAAUGCAAUGAUUGCAGGGUAUGCUAAAAAUGGUGAUGUUGACACUGCAAAGGAAUUGUUCGAUAAAAUGCCUGAAAAAAACGUUGUUUCGUGGAAUUCAAUGAUCGCUGGGUAUGCACAGAAUGGCCAUUGUGAGGCUGCAAUAAAACUUUUCAAGGAGAUGACGACCGUUAAAGUGUUGAAACCAGAUGAGGUCACGAUGGCAAGUGUCUUCGCAGCUUGUGGUCAUUUGGGCAUUUUAGAUCUUGCCAAUUGGGCGCAGAAUUAUGUCAAAAUCAAUAAGGUCAAAUUAUGCAUUUCAGGCUAUAAUGCGAUGAUCCACAUGUGUGCUAGAUGUGGAAGCAUGGAGGAAUCUCGCAAAGUCUUUGAGGAGAUGUCUGUUAAGGACGUGAUCUCGUAUAAUGCAUUGAUUGCUGGCUUUGCUGCUCAUGGGCAGGCUCCUGAAGCGCUUCGCUUGCUGUCGACCAUGCAAGAAGUUGGUGUUGAGCCUGAUCGCAUAACUUUCAUUGGGGUUUUGACAGCAUGUAGCCAUGCAGGCCUAGUAGAUGAAGGGCGUAGAGUAUUUGAAUCAAUCAAAACCCCCUCUGUCGAUCAUUAUGCUUGUCUAGUGGAUCUCUUGGGUCGAGCCGGGAGGUUGGAGGAAGCACAGAAGUUGAUCAAGGAAAUGCCCUUCGAGCCACAUGCAGGAAUAUAUGGGGCGUUACUCAAUGCCUGUCGGACUCAUAAAGCUGUCAAGCUGGGUGAGUUUGUUGCUGGCAAGCUUUUCAUUCUCGAACCUAACAACUCGGGGAACUAUGUCCUCCUUUCAAACAUUUACGCAGAUGCCAAAAGAUGGGACGAUGUGGAGAAAGUGAGGCAAAUGAUGCGAAAUAAUGGAAUGCAGAAGACAACAGCUUGUAGUUGGGUGGAAUGUGGUGGAAAGGUCCACCGAUUCAUAGUGGGGGAUCAGUCACAUCCGCAGUCUGCUGAGAUUUACAUGCUCUUGGGUGAGCUGACAAACAAAAUGAGGAGCCUUGGCUAUGAACCAGACAAGAAUUGGUCGCUAAGAGAUGUGGAGGAUGAAGAGAAGGGGGAAUUGAUGGGUGUCCAUAGUGAGAGAUUAGCUAUUGCAUUUGGACUGAUUGUGUGCUCACCUGGUUCCUCUGCUCCAAUAAGGGUGGUGAAGAACCUUCGUGUGUGUGGUGAUUGCCAUGUCGCAAUUAAGAUUAUCUCGAAGAUAGUGAGGAGGGAGAUAAUCGUGAGAGACAAUACUAGGUUCCAUCAUUUCAAGGAUGGUGACUGCUCCUGCAUGGAUUAUUGGUAGAGUGACUAUGGCUAUGCAUGCAAAAUAGUGAUGGAUACUUUUAAUUGUCAUAUGUUGCUGUACAUCCUAGAAAAGUUGCCUCUUCUUCUUCCUCUUUUGCUUUUUUGAAAGAUCAAGAAGCUGAUGAUGAUGAUAUCAUGAUGGUGAUGAUGGUCUUUAGAGGCAGGCAGUGAUUUUGGAUGAAUCUCAUUGUGUGUAUAGAGGGCAACUGCUAUCUUGCAAGACCAUAGGUACAAUCUGCAUUGCCCUAUAAUUGAUUGUUUGCACAUUUUUAACAGGUCAUAUCAGUGAAGCAUCUCUAUUUGGCCUCUCAACAGGUCGACCUUGUAUCCUUGUCAAAUUCUCGUUAGGUCGCUCAAACUCUCAUGUGAUUUACAUCAGCACACCUGCAUCUGAUUUAAAGGUUCAACCAUUCAAGUGAGGCCCAAGAAAUUUCUGCAAGUUAUUUCACUGUUUGUACAGAUGCUGCAAAUCAAUUAUGGAUGUCAUGCUUUCUCCAUGAUAUUUGCAACUAAGAAGGGGAGAAACUAUGAAAAUUUUCUCCUUAACCAAUUUAGACUGUCAAUGUCAAGGGAUCUGUCGACGCGCUUCACAUGUACAACUAGACAUAAUUCAGCAAGCAUCCCAUGAUCCGACAUACACAAAGAAUGAUCACUUGAUGACUUGAGAGUGCAGUUGAAAUAAUUGCUACCUUCUUACAUUAUAUGAGCUUCUAGCCCAUCAAUUUUUUUGGUUGCUUUUAGUUUUCCUUACUUACUUUUAAUGUCUGAGCAUUGAACUGCAGGUAUCUGAGGACAUAAGAUUAGUGACAUAACUUUGCACUCUCCAGACACUCGUCCUGGUUAGUCUCACUGCUUCCACUGCUUGGGAGUUGGGACGGAGGUGGAAGCAUAUUUUGUCUACAAGAUUACUUCCAAUUUAUUUAACUAUUGGAACCAAUGUUAUAAAAGGCGUAACGUAUCGUGUAUCAGUCGGGCCGACCUAUACGCCGUAUCGUAACGUAUCGCAAACGUAGCGUAGCGUAAAAUUAAUUUUUUUAAUUUUAAAAAAUAUUUAAAAAUAAAAAAAUAGAGAAAAAUCAUUAAAAAUUGGAAAAAAUGAACAAAAAAAUAGAAUCAAGAAAAAAGUAUUCAAAUAUAAAAAAGAUCAUCAUACAUAAGAAACAUUCAUGUAUAUCAACAACACAUUCAAAAAUAAGAAAUUAGAUAUACAAAAUAACAUAAUAAGCAUCCAUCACAAUUUUAAACUUGAAAAUUUUAUAGAAUCUUAGGACUUAGAGCCUUAAGACUUGGAGUUUUAUGACUUAGAUUACAUCACAGUUUAAAACAUAUAGUUAUCAUCUUUCAUGAUUCAACGAUAAUAUCUCUCAAAUCAAUGAAUCCUCAGUUAUUUUUUAUGAAAAUGAGCAAAAUCUCUCCCUCCUAUGUCUCUUGGAGUCUUUAAAUAUAAGAAGAGAGAGAGGGUGGGGUGUUUAAACUUUCAAAAAAAAAAGUGUUUUAACCAGUAUCGUACGAUACGGGGGUGUAUCGCACGUAUCGUGCGAUACGGAUACGGACGAUACGUGUACGAUACGUACACGUAUCGCUUAUCAAACACAUAUUGUAUAGGUUUCUUCGACCUAUACGAUAUGUAUCGUACAAUACGCAUCCGUAUCGUACGAUACAGAUAACAUUGAAUUUGGAACCAUUAGUGCAUGUGCUUACUGUCGAUGAAUAUGUGCAGGAUUUAAUACACUGUGUUAAACAAAGUUCUAAAGAGAAGAAAUUCAUAGAUUUGAAGACAUUUCCUAUUUUUAUUUUGUGUCCUAGGAGCACAUCUAGCAUGAUCUGAAUGCAGUCUUCUCCCUCGGUUACCUCUACAAUACUCAAGUAUCUGGAUUGUGCAAAUGAAUCUAGUGAUAUAUAUGAAGUAAAUCAGAUGUUUGCCAAUGUGGGUAUUUGAAUCAAUAGCAGCUACAGUGAGCUACAAAAUGAGGAUGCUAUUCAGGCAUCCUCAGUAGCUGCAUACCUUGUAGCUGGCUCCUGGUCAACAAAGAAAGGACCAUGUUCUCUUAGAUGGAGAGUCAACCUGAAACAGUUUUACAAGAAAAAACAGAAUAGGGAAUAAAAAUGCUGCCAUAAUCAGUUAUACUGUCUAUGCUGGUUCACUCAAGAGGAUUUACAACUACAAGACUCUUAUUCUUAUUUGUGACACUAAGUGGCAGGCAGCAGGCGUCUGGUGAAUCUGUGUUCUCAAGAUGUUGCAUCACCGAUGGGAGUCUUCGGAGCCAUAUUUUUCAUAAGCAUAUUAGUUCUGUUUAUUUUGUUAUAUUGACAGUACAAGUUUAUAUCUUGUUUGCAUGUCUCAGCAUGUUGAGUUCUGAUACCUACACCAGGAAAGAUGAAGUUCUGUCAAAGUUAGAAGCAUCAAGCUUGAAUCCAGCUGACUGGAAGUCUCAGAAAGGCAUUACAAGGUCCCUAUAUGUGUCAGGGGAGGCAACCUUAACUUUUUCUUUUAACAUCUGAGGACUUCCACUAGGCUUUUUAGAAAAUUAAAGCAUCAUUUGCAAUCAAUCAUUGGUUGCACUUGCACCAUAAUUCUAUCCAUGGAUUGUAGCUUGUAUACCCUCGAGCACCCCAUUGUGCAUGAGCCAUGAGCCAUGUGGAGCUUGUUAAUGUGUAGCUCUCAAAUUCAAAGUAAUGUAUGGUUAAACAAUAUGAUGCAUAUAAUAUAAUUUUUCGAGCUCAAAUUUAAAAGAACCUGUUUUAUGUUGAAACAGUUGAACCAAAUUCUGGAAGCAGUACUUGCAUUUUGUGUCCUCACAAUUGUGAACUUUGUUUUUCCAUCAUUUGCAGAUAGGUUAUUCUUUUGGUUCUUAUAUUGGCCAUUUGGAGAUUCCUGGCAAUAGGUAGAAAGAUUGUUAUAUGAAUGAAUCAAUCAAACUUUUUUUUUUCCUAACAUGUUCCUUCAUAUUGUGUUUUGUAUGUCCAGUUUCUUAUGAAGUAGUGAAUAAUCUUUUAGCAUUACAAUAAAUCAAAAGGCAUGGGUGGUUAACUUUCUGGAUUCUACAGGUGUUGCUGCAAAUGAGGCUGAGAUUGGUCCUUUAGUGUUUCAAAGUUGGCGGCGCAUUAUUGGGCAAGCUCAAGUUGUUGAUUAACCUCGCCAUUUCUUUAAUUUCGUUUGUAAUUCUUGUAGCAACAUGGAUUUAAGCUAGUAAAUUGUGUAAAAUA